UUUUUGGACUCGAGCCUCCUUUAACUUCGAAAACUGAAAAUGAGGUUGCUAUGGGAACUGCUCAUGCUGCAAUCAUUCAUGUUGGGCCUUGCAGAUGACAAUAUGCUGCAUGGGCCAGUUUUCAUUCAGGAACCAAAUAGUAUGAUUUUUCCACUGGAUUCUGAGGAAAAUAAAGUAAAGUUGAACUGUGAAGUAAAAGGAAAUCCUAAACCAACAAUCAGGUGGAAGUUAAAUGGGACCAAUGUUGACGUUGGUAUGGAUUACCGCUACAGUGUAGUGGGAGGCAGCUUGUUGAUCAAUAACCCCAAUAAAACCCAAGAUAUUGGAAUGUAUCAGUGCAUAGCAACAAACUCAUUUGGGACCAUUGUUAGCAGAGAGGCAAAACUUCAGUUUGCUUACCUUGAAAACUUCAAGACAAGAACAAGAAGUACAGUGUCAGUCCGACAGGGUCAGGGAAUGGUUCUGCUGUGUGGACCACCACCGCAUUCUGGAGAACUGACGUAUGCAUGGAUCUUCAAUGAAUAUCCAUCAUUUGUGCACCAGGAUAAUCGUCGUUUUGUUUCUCAAGAGACUGGGAAUUUGUACAUAGCAAAGGUGGAAACAUCUGAUGUGGGCAACUACACAUGUGUGGUGACAAACACUGUAACAAAUAAUAAAGUGCUGGGGCCUCCAACUCCUUUGAUAUUAAGGAACGAUGGGGUGAUGGGUGAAUAUGAGCCAAAAAUAGAAGUGCAGUUCCCAGAAACUGUUCCUUCUGCAAAAGGAGCAACUGUGAAACUGGAAUGCUUUGCCUUGGGAAACCCAGUUCCUACUAUUAGUUGGAGAAGAGCAGAUGGUAAACAAAUACCCAGGAAAGCCAGGAGACACAAAUCGAGUGGCAAGGAAGCACCACCCAACUGGAUUCAGAAAAUAAGUGAUGCUCACCUAGCUAUAGAGGAAAGCAUCUUUUGGGAAUGUAAAGCAAAUGGAAGACCGAAGCCUUCAUACAGCUGGCUAAAGGAUGGCGAAUCACUGAUGCCUCAGGACAGAAUUCAGAUAGAACACGGAGCACUUACAAUAACAAAUGUGAAUCUGUCAGAUGCAGGCAUGUAUCAGUGUGUAGCGGAAAACAGGCACGGAGUCAUUUUUACCAGUGCGGAGUUGAGUGUAAUUGCUGUGGGUCCGGACUUUUCCAAAACCCUCUUGAAAAGAUUAACUCUUGUUAAAGUGGGUGGUGAAGUCAUCAUAGAGUGUAAGCCAAAGGCUUCCCCCAGACCUACUUAUACUUGGAAGAAAGGAAAAGAGAUCCUAAGAGAAAAUGAGAGGUAAUCUCUGAAA